UUUUUUUCCAGCACUAUUAAUUUGUUAUUGAUCCGAUACAUUCAAUCCGAAUCUGGCAACCCUACAGCCAUCCCUGUAUAAGUGUGACACCUGGGGGAGAGGCGUCGACUCUUCAAAUCAGUGGAUCUGGAGGCGUGGGUCAGUAGAGCAAGGCGUCCUGGUCUGUGGAAGGUGGUCAUUUGGGGGUUUUGAACCUCAAGCCAGCAAUAUUCCAUCUGGGUCUGUGUUGCAGCCAUUAUUUACCAUCAUUUUUGCAUGGAAGUCGGCAACGCCUAAAACUAAACAGUACACUGAACAGCCAAGCACAUCAUCAAAAAGAGCCCAGUGCUGAGGAUGUGUGGAUUCUGAAUAGCCUAACUGCACGUGUUCCCUUGUUUUGAGGAGCCUUGUGUGCCCUUUUUCUUCGUGCCCCAAAGUGCUUCUACCAUGUCAACAGAAGUACAGCCUAUGCCUGUAGCCACUGCAGGACCCACUGCUGAGCCUGCACUGCCUGCUGUUGCCACAGAGACCAACGCAGUUGUAACUGAAAACCCUCCAGCCACAACUGCUGUUUCAACACCAACCACAAGCAAAUUUUUCUCAAGAGAAAAAAAGAGAGCUCCAGAGAGGACAGAUGAGUACCUGCUGGCCAGGUUUCAAGGGGAUGGUGUUAGAUAUAAAGCCAAACUGAUUGGCAUUGACGAUGUGCCUGAAGCUCGAGGGGACAAAAUGAGUCAGGACUCCAUGAUGAAACUGAAGGGCAUGGCAGUAGCUGCUCGUUCCCAAGGCAAACACAAACAAAGAAUCUGGGUGAACAUCUCUCUAGAUGGAAUUAAAAUAAUUGAUGAAAAGACUGGUGUGAUUGAACAUGAGCAUGCAGUGAAUAAGAUCUCCUUUAUUGCUCGUGACAUCACAGAUAAUCGAGCGUUUGGAUACGUGUGUGGGGCAGAAGGCCAACAUCAGUUCUUUGCCAUUAAGACUGCUCAGCAGGCACAACCACUGGUCAUGGAUCUUAAAGAUCUAUUCCAGGUGAUCUUCAAUACAAAGCAGAAAGAAGCUGAAGCUACACAGAAGGAUGACACCAGUACUGUUGAGAAUGGAAGUGAUGCUUUGCUCAGUCUGGAUGAUCAGGUGGCAACCGUAAAAACUGUGGAACAGAUAGACAUUUUUGGGGACAUGUCCACACCCCCAGAUAUCAACUCUCCUACGCUGGACAGUGUUUUGUUGCUGGGGCUUGCUCCUGUGAUUGAUGCCAAUCAGAACCACCUUAAAGGCAAUCCUUUCAUCUCUUAUCCGUCGGUUCCUUGCAACACACCCAGUGAUGCCCAUUUCUCUUCCACAUUAGAUACAUUUUUUAGUCCCACUCCAGUCCCAUCUGGUAAUGACCCCUUUGCUCCAACUAGUGGCCAGUGUAACACUUCCAUUUCUACUGUUUCUCCCAUGUCCUCUAAUUGUGCAUCAGUUACUCCUGACUGCCUCUUGAAAGGACCAGUUGGGCAAAAUGGCCUGAGUGGUGACUCUGCAUCUAGCAGUCACAUUUUUAAUGGACAGACUGGCCAGUACCCACAUAAGGGCAACAAUCAACCACUUGCGUUUCCUUUAAGGGAGAUGAAUGAUGGAAAAAAUCAGACCCUUCCUUUUCCCAACUUAAUUAAUCAAACAAGACCCCAUCUGCCCCAAACCCCUUCACCACUCUGUAAUGGUCUCAGCAACUCUUUGCAUCCUAUGUUUCAUUCUCCACUCCUCUGCAAAAGUGAAAGUAUGCCACCUGUUGUGCAAAACGGAGGGGUGAUGGCCAUUUGUCCCCCACCACCAAGCUCUAAGUCUGGCCAUGUACAGAGGAGACAGAAGUCUCCUGGAAAUGAAAUGUUUGGGGCCAAUGUAUUUGCAUCACCAGUUCAGGGUGAGGGUCCAUACACGGCUCAGUCCGGCUCUUCAAUUUCAGCAGAUCUGUUCAACCCUAUAACCACCACCUCCCCAGCUGCUCUUGCAUCAAGGUCAUUGGGACCACCAUCCGUUCAAGCUCCUACAACUGGUCCAUGGGUUCAACCAGCCCUGUCCCUGUUUCCUCCCCAGGGUUCUGCCCCCCAAGCACCAGUCCAGGGUGCAUCAGUAAAUUGUCUUCCCCAGCCCUGUACGUUUGGGGGAGCACCGUUACCUCAGUGGGGACAGCAGCUGCCCUCUUCUUUUGGCACUCCAGCUGCCACUCAAGCUUGGGGCCAACCAGCAACCACAGCAGCCAUGAGUGCCUGGCCCCAGUCUGCCACUGUGUCCAACCCAUUUCAGCCCAGUUCAUUCCCUCCUAUGAUGGCUCCUCCUGGAGGAAUAAAAACAGGGCAGACAUCUUCAGGUGUCCCUCCUCUGCCUCGUCGGCCACCCCCUACAAAAGAAGAGGUACCUCCUGUUAAAAAUGCUUUCACAGCUUUGGACCCACUUGGUGGGAAGGAGCAGAAAACUGGGAAGGAUAUGUUCAAAAAUUUCCAGAUGGCAAAACCUGGAAGUGCCACUCCGGCAGGCCAAAACACCAACGGUUCAUUUGAACAGUACUUUUCCAACAAAGUUGGUGUAGCCCAAGAAGCAGCUGACCAUGAUGACUUUGACAUCAGCCAGAUCUCUGCAAAAUCCACUGAGCCUCUAAAUCCUGCACUUCGGGCCUCUACAACUACUGCCAUAGCUCUGGCUCCAACCUUGACCCCUUCCUCAGCAGGAGUGCUCCUGGAUGCUGCUUUCACUCCUAAUCCUGCCCCAAGCCCAUUGGGCCCAGAUCCUUUACCAGCAGCUGACCUUUUUGAUGACACUUUUGGAAGCAGCUUUUUAGCACCACCUACAACAACAGGUGGCCUAGCUACACAAACCAGUGCAAAAGCUGAUCCUUUUGUGGACCCUUUUGGAGGAAAUCCUUUUGCCUAAGCAUUCUAAAAAUCCUGCUCUUUUGAGUUUCAUCCUUAUACAGAACAUGGGGAAACCAUCUGCAGCACUGUUUUGCACUCUUUCUUUCAGUCUGCACUCCACUGUCUAAAUUAUGCCUUGCAUGCCCCCGCCUUAAAAUAAUAUGAUCUCGGUUUGGUUUAUUAAAUUGACUGCCUCCAUUUCCCAGUGUUAAUCACUUGAAAAUGAUUUUUGGCUGAUGAGAGAAGGUCUGUGGUAAAAUGACACACAUCUGCCAUGUUAAGGGAUUUCAAAAACUGUAUUUUGCUAGAUUCUUAUAAUUGUCUGGAAUUAAAGAAAGCAUGAACUUGU